AUUAUUUAUUUACCUUUUGCGAUGUCUGGACCUGGCGAGGAUUUCCAAGUGGUUACCAGGAAGAAAUGGAUAGCCCGCAAGUGUUUGGGGCGGCGGGAUCGCCACAAGUCCGAGACCGACUAUUUGAACGACUGCCCCGAUGUGAAUGUCGACAAAUUCAAGGAUCGUCUGGAGCGUCUGUGCACGAAAAUGUCACAAAGCGAUUACUUUAUACUGGCUAUGGAGACGCUGCAGCAACAGGUGGAUAUCAUAAAUCGACCACUGGAGCGCAUCGUCUGCCUGGGUCUGGGGCCGUUUUCCCGCACCCACAUCGCACUGCAUCAGGCUGCAUUCGUUGUUUGUAUGCAGCGACACUACCAGAUCAAGGAAGCUAUUUAUUUCGAUCCUGUGUUCAGGGAGAGCGAGAAGGAGCUGCUGCGUCUGUUCGAUGGCAGUGUUAUAGCCGAAGACUGUGCAGGCAAGCACGAGGCGACCGUUCCCACACUCUACUAUCUGCCCCACUGCCCCUACCCCCUGAUGCACAACAUCCUGUGGCGCAACUGGACAAGGGAUUCUCUGCCAAACGUGCUACUGAUUUCGAAUAGUUUUGAGAUGCUGACCAUGACGAGAAAGACCCCCAAGGAUCACAUCAACCAAAUACUCGAACACUGCACAGAGACCCCUCUGGAGGAUGACUACGAGCAUCACAAUGUCUUCAAUGACUUGUCAUUGCACACAUUUCCCUGGGACAGUCUGCCGGAAAGCGAUUAUGAAACAUUUUGGACACGUUGCGCUCCCCUGAAAGUGAAUGAAGACGAACUAAUUAUAGAGACGGAGGCCAAAGCGGAGCAUUAGAUCACCCAUAAUCACAACACAAGGAAAUAGGUUUAUAUUUAAGUUUAAUUAACAUUUUUGUACAUAUACAGUGCAAUAAGUGGCGCCUUUGUGGGCUCACAGACUCAUAAACUUGUCCAUCUCUUUGUC